CAGCGACAGAUGCACGAGUUUGUUGUUAUCGAUGUAAUGUGAACAGAGUCGUGUUUUUUUAACUGAGGCUUACAUUUGGCCUUUAUAUCACUUAUUUUAAUCCAGCACUGUCUACAAUGUUCUAAUAAUAUAAUCCCUUAAAGCAGGACAAGCAAAAUUCUCAGAACAAGUAUUAUGAACUACGCGAGUUGCCGUAAACUAACCCACUGUCACCAUUACGACAGCCUCCUGUCCCAUUUGUAGCAAACAUAUUAGCUAACGAGGUUCGGGUAAUGCAACUGUGCUUACUCCAGAAUUGCUUUUUCGGGUACGGUUUCCUUAAUUUAAAUCAAAUAUUUUGUAUUGUAAUAUGGUGUAAUAGACUGCAUAGAGUCGGCCCCACCCAUCAGUGAAGAUAAAAUAAUCCUCGUCACUUAAGGGGGCUAGCAUACAGUAGCCAUCAUCACCCUGCUCGAGUCGUUGCUUUCAAAUGGAAAUAACUAUAAUUUCGCAAUGAAUUGUCGCUCGGAAGUUCUCGAAGUAACGGUGGAGGCGAGGCAGGUCGAGGAGGCUAUGCUGGCUUUGCUGCACACCAUUUUAUUGCACCGCAGUACCGGGAAGUUUCAUUACAAAAAGGAAGGCACCUACUCUAUCGGUACCGUGGGCACACUAGACAUCGACUGCGACUUCAUCGAUUUCACCUUUGUCAGGGUGUCCUCAGAGGAGCUGGACAGAGUGAUCAGGAAAGCUGUGUCUGAAUUCAAGGACGCUUUGAGUAACUCUGGCAGUGAUGGCAUAGGGCAGAUGUCUCUGGAGUUCUACCAGAAGAAGAAGUCUCGUUGGCCCUUUUCUGACGAGUGUAUUCCCUGGGAAGUGUGGAGCAUCAAGGUCAAUGUUGUCAACCUGGCAAAUGAGCAGGAGAGACAGAUCUGCAGGGAAAAAGUGGGCGAGAAGCUGGGUGAGAAGGUGAUCAACGUUGUUGAGGUUAUAAAUCGCCAUGAAUACCUGCCAAAGAUGCCCACCCAGUCUGAAGUGGACAAUGUUUUUGACACCAGCCUCAAAGAUGUCCAGCCAUACCUUUAUAAAAUCACAUACCAGAUCACUGACAGUCUGGGCACCUCUGUAAGCACCACCAUGAGGAGGCUGAUUAAAGACACCCUGGCACUGUGAGGAUGCUCCAAGACAGAGAUGAAAGAUAUAGAUGAUUUUAUUCAUGUCUGAUAUGUCCUUUUGUGCUCAAAAACAUGUUUGGUGGCCCUAAUCCUACUGCCACGAGGCAGCACUGUAAUCACUUGUCUGGCAUCACUGCUGUGGUUCUCAUAUUGUGACCUUAAAAUUCUUGAUUAUGUAAUGUCUAUUUUAAGCAUAUUUUGUUUUUAGUAACUUUCUCUUACCAUAUUAUCUUUACUUUCCAUCAUCUAGAAAUGCAACUUUAACACAGGAGCAAAUAAUGUAUGCCAUUUACAUUCUUUAAAGGGUUGUGUUGCUGAUAUUGUCAAGUCUGUAAAUUAUUGUAAAUCUUUGACAGUAAACAUUGUUCAUUAUAACUGAUGUAACUAAUUAUAAUAAAAAGUCUUAGCAUUUUCAAAUUAAAGUCUAAACUGUCCAAAACCUUGAGAUGAGAAAAACUGCUGGCAAAGAUUACCUUAUGAGACUUGGUCAUGUAAUAAAAUCUGAUUUGGAGACGGAUUUCCUCAUCUAUGUUAAAACUUCCUCUCUGCACCAUUUCAUGGAGAGAGAGACCUUACAGAUGCGUAGGACAGGAUUUCCAGUUUGCAAUUUUUCCAAAUAAAAGCAGGUAUUUCCUAAGUUCACUCCUGUGUUUCCAGCCAGAAAUGGUCACGGUGCCCCACAUCUUAAAAAACAUCCCCCUGGCUCAGGGGUGUCUGCCAACAGGAUGAUGU